GACGAGCGCGCCUGGGCGGCGGCCUGCUGCGCCGCCGCGACGCGCGCGGGGCUCGAGCCAGCGGCGUCGCCGCCGCUGGAUGGGGGCGGCGGGGGCGGCGGCGGGUCGCAGGCAGCAGAGGACGAGGCCGAGGGCUGGGGGGACGCGGGAGGCGCGCCCGGCGGCGCGACGGCCGGCGGUGGCGCGCUGCUCAGCCAACCCUCGGUCAACGCCGGCGACGGCGCGGGCGCUGGUGGUGCCGCACCGGAGCCAGCGUCGGCGCUGGAGGCUGCGAUCGCCGCCGCGACCAAGGGCGCGCCAGCGGCGGCUGGAGCGGCGGCCUCGCCACGCGGCGGCGUCGGCGUGCGGGGCGGCCUGCGGGAGGUCGUGCUGUGCCGCUUGGACGCUCGCGGGCCGGCGCCGCUGCCGGAAGGGGCCGCGGCCGCACUGCUCGCGGGGGACGCCGGCGCGGGCGAGGAGGCGGGGCGCACUCUUCUGCUGCAGCCCGUGCCGCUCCGCAACAGGGCCGGCGGUGGCGGCCUCGAUGGCGGCGGCGAUGGCGAGGCCUGUCCGGGCUUUGGGCUGGCGUCCACGCGCGUGGCUUUUGUAGGCCGGCCGAGUGGCGCUGCGGAAGCCGCCUUGCCCAUUGGGACGGGCGCGCUGGUGCGCGCGCUCGACGUGACAGUGCUGGCCCUGGCCUCGCGGCCGCAGCCCUCUGCUGCGGCCGCAGGUCAGACAGGCGCCGGUGUGGGUGGCCCUCUACAUAAGCGACCGCGGCUGGCGCCGGAGAGCGACGGCCAGGCGGCAGCGGCGGCAGACCCCGACUCAGAGGCCGUGCCGGGCGCUGCUGCGGGGGCGGCCGCGGCAGCCUCUGUCGCGUCAGAGCUGGCCGGGCUGUGCACCCUCACGGGCUGCUGGCGGCCACUGGGCGCGCCCAGGGGGGUGCGGGCGCUGCAGGACAUGGCCGCCAUGGGCGGCGGCGGCGGCGGGGUCGCGCCUGAGCGGCUGCCGCUGCACUGCGCAGUGGCGCUGCGCGCCCUGGGCCUUGCGGCGGCUGCGACCCGCUGCUUGUAA